GGCUUCUGGGCAUGCGCGGCAGCCUUUACAUUGGCGGUGCAGGAAGGGAUGGGGGUGCUGUAGGAUUGGCUGCCUGGUGAUCGUGGGGGCGCCGAAGCGGGAUCCAAGGCUUCGAGCUGGGCGAGGGCCCGGGGUGUUCAGCCAUUCGAGACAAGCUUGUUUUGGUGCUCGCGGUCUUCGGCGCCGACGCUUGAGGAGCUGUCAUCGGCUGGAGAGAGGAGAGGAAAAUCAUGUCGACGUCCAGUCACAAGAGAAAGCCACGUUUUGAUGUGUCGUUAGCACGUCUAACUCGGCGAUUUAUGGAACUUGUGAGUAAGGCUCCUGAUGGGGUCCUUGACAUCAAUGAUGUGGCAUGGAUGCUUGGAGUGCGAAAAAGGAGGGUUUACGAUAUCACCAAUGUACUGGAUGGCAUUUGUCUGGUGAGAAAAAAAUCCAAAAACCUGAUUGAAUGGAUAGGCAAAAAUCCACAAGAAAGAUUAGCAUAUGAAGCCCAAUCUCGAAAACUGAGAAAAGAACUGGCAGACCUAACAACGGUAGAGAAUUCUUUAGAUGAAUUAAUCAAGGACUGUGCUCAACAGUUAUACAAUUUAACAGAAGACAAAGAAAAUGCAAGACUAGCAUAUGUAACUUACAAGGACAUCCACGGUCUUCAAGCCUUCAAGGAACAGAUUGUAAUCGCAAUCAAAGCUCCACAAGAAACGAAGCUGGAAGUACCUGUCCCCAAUGAGGAGAAAAUCCAAGUUUAUUUAAAGAGUACUGAAGGACCAAUUGAUGUAUUUCUGUGUGAGAUACAGGAAGAACAUUGUCCUCCUAAAACGUGUGAAGAUGACACAUCCAAUGGGAAUAAAACAGUCUCCUCAACAGAUGAGGCAGUGACGUUACCACCUGAUAGAGAGGAAAACCUUACGGAAUGAAGAAUAUAAUAACAGUACUGAGACUAUCAAGUAACACUUUACUGAAGACUAGAACACUUCAAUGCAUUGUGGAUUUUCCAUUGUCGAUCACUGAUCCGAAUACCCAUUGAGGAGCUGGAAGAAAUGGUGUCCUGUGAGGCCAUGCAAUCUGCAUGUCUUGACAAAUUAUAUACAAACAAUUGCAAUCCACUCUUAAUGUAUGUUACCAAGAAAUACCAAAUGGCUUUGAAUAGAAAGUAUCAUCGACUGUCAUUUGGUAGAUCAGUUGAGUGGGUUUGGAAAAGUGUGAUUUGCCAACUUGCUUUUGUGAAUAUUUUAAAUGGUUGAAACUGCAUCCCGAAAAUGUCAAUAAACUUACAGAAUAUUACCAAUGAAUGUAUAGAAGAUUGUUUUAUGUGCUGUAAUAUCUUCAGUGUGAACACAAGAUGACUCAAAAACAUUUUUUUUCACCAUGGUGUGUGGAAUUUAUUAUCUAGGUUUAUCUAUUAACCACAGACAGUUUAUAAAAACGGUAAAAUUUGUCAAAUUUGCUCAAUAAUUAAAGGCAGAAUGCUGAAAGAACACGUCAAGCAGCAUCUAUGGACCUGGAAAGGUUGAAAGAAGACAUGUUGCGUCAGGUUGACACCCUGCAUCAACCGUCAUCUAGACUUGACAGUCUCAUCCAUAAAUUGGAACUUGUAAUUUUUGUCACACAGAUGCAGCUUGACUUGCUCUGUUCUUCUAUUGUUCUUUCUGUUCCAGAUUCCAGCAUCUGCAACAGUUAAGCCUUCAUUUCAGCAUUGGAUUGUCUUAAAUCCUAAAUUAAAUCACACUUCUAUAAAAAGGAUAAAGCUGUAUGUUUAUAUCCCACCCCGACACUGACAGACCAGUGAUAACUACUUCAUAAGAAUCUUGUUGGACACUAUUAUAGUUUUUAACUUUUUAUUUAAAAAAAUACAAAAAGACUUCAGUAGAUGAAAUUUUAAAAGUCAUUAGAACAACUUGUUUAUCUUUUUAAAAAUUAAUUUUGUUUAUAGUUUUCUCAAAUAUAUUUAUCUUGCAUUUCUCCAUCACUGCCAGUGUUACUAAAUAAAUUAUCCUUCGCAGGUUACUUGGUAAUUACGUUAAACCAUCAUAUUCCAACAUAAUUUUAUUCAAGCACUAAGGAUAAAUAUUAAUGCAUUGUGUAAUUCUUAUUGGCUACAAUCAUUUCCAGGCCAUGUUCUGGGACCAUGGUGUGCUUUUACAUAGAGUAGUGAAAUAACGGACUUUCUUUUAACCACCACAACCAGUAUCAGUGUAAUAUAAUUUGAUCAGACUAUAUGGCCAUCUGUAUGUUUUGUCUCCCCUCUAAUAUCUUUAUCUUUGUAGGUUUAAACUGUAUUUAGUAACACAAGGGUGCUGAGAUCAGGUUAUCUUUAAUGUGCGUGUUUAUAAUUUAUUUUCAUUGGACGUGGGAAUGGGAGAAUGGUCACAUGCUUUUGAUUUUUACCCACAGAGCAAACAAAAUUUUGUAUGAUUAUGAGAAAUCAUUUCCAUUUUCUCUAUUUUAAUUUAUUAAUACUUCCUUCUUCACUAGUGAAAAUGUGGGUUCCUCAAUUGCUAAUUGAGAAUUGUGGUUAGCUUCCUGAUGAAAUGAAUUGUAAAAGAAUAAACAUAGUGGUUCUGUUUCAGCUGCCUUUACAUUGUUACACAACCCUUACUUGAAACUGUUACUUUUUUGCAGGUAAUAAAUACUGUUGUGCUUGUAAAUGACAGAAUUGCUGCUUAGAUUACAAAUAGUGAAAUUACAAUGAUCCGCAGAAAAACCUCAGAUAGUUUUUGCCUGAUGUUUUACACCUCAUUAGAUUGUAAGUGGUAACAAAUUAAUUUACCUAGAUGAAUUUAAAAAUGCAAACAUGAGGAAAUCUGCAGAUGCUGGAAUUUCAAGCAACGCACAUAAAGAUUACCGGUGAACACAGCUAUAGGAAAAGGUACAGUUGACAUUUUGGGCUGAGACCCUUUGUCCCGAUGCUGCCUGGCCGGCUGCGUUCACCAGCAAGUUUUAUGUGUGUUGCUUGAAUUUACCUAGAUGAGCUCAUUUUGUGAUUGGAAGUUGUUACUCAUCUGCUGUCAGCUGAAGCAAUUUUAAUUUGAUGUCUUUGAAAGUCCACUUUCCUAUGCCACGUUGAAUGAUUAGUGUAUUUUUACAAUUUCCCCACUGUAAUAAAAUUAUGAC